AUGUCUUCGUCCGACAACAGUUCAGACAAUAAUGAUGAUUUGUUCAUUGAUUUCGAAGAAGUAUCUAUUCCACGUUCAAUUCGUUUUUGGAUUAUGCUUUUGUUCAACAUCUCAUCAAUAAUUUGUAGUUUUUGUAUACUUAUUCAUAUAAUUUAUAAUCGAGCUCAACGAUAUGCAUUGCAUAAUCAUGCUAUUCUUCUUGUAUUAAUCAUGGCCUUACCUAUUCAGUUGAUAGAUAUUAAUUUUUAUCUUGUAUUCUAUCAUUAUGGUUCUAUUCAACCAUCGAAACCGUUUAUGUGUCUGUUAUGGUGGCUCACUGAUUAUGGUUGUUAUAGUGGAUGCACUAUUCUGAUAGCUUGGUUAGCCAUCGAACGAUACAUUUUGAUAUUUCACGAUCGAUGGGUUUCAAAUCGAAGAGGACGAUUUCUUUUUCAUUAUUUACCUUCGAUUAGUAUAGUGGCGUAUAUCGUUGUGUUCUAUAUCAUUUCUAUUUUAUUUCCACCUUGUGAAAAUGAUUAUAUCUAUACGUUGCCAGCGUGUGGUGCUGCACCAUGUUACCAAUUAUAUGGUGUUCUGGCUAUAUGGGACGGUUUUGUUAAUAAUACCACACCAACUAUCUUAGAGAGCAUUGUAAAUAUCGGUCUUAUUUUACGUGUUCAAUGGCAAAAACGACGACUUCGUCAAUCUAAUCAAUGGCGUAAACAACGGUGA